ACACCCCCUCCUCCCCCAACCACACCCAUCUCCUCCCCCUGAUGUCGGUCAGGGAUCAGACUCAUGAUGAUGUCACAUGUGUGGGCGUGUCCUGCCGCGUUAAAUGAUGAGCAGUAAAGUCUUCCCAUUCAGUUGUGAUGGAGCGAGUGUUGAUGUCCUCUGUCCUCGUCCUCAUCUCUUUCUGCACUGGGUUUGAUGGGCGGAGCCAAGCUGCAGCGCUGUCUCCGCCCACUGUCCAGGUUAAAGUCGGGGAUAACAUCACACUGCAGUGCCCCCUGCUGGUCAACGCCUCCUCCUCUGUCAGCUGGUACAGGAAGUGGUCAGGGCGUCGCCCUCAGCUCCUCCUCACUGUGGCCACGCCCACCAACAGCUCUGACGUUACACACAGCGCUAGAGUGUUGGUGGCAGCAGAUGGAUCUCUGCGGCUGCGUCGUGUUGACUUCAGUGACUCAGCCGUUUAUUACUGCGCCGUCAAUGAUGACUCAUUGAAAAUGAUGUCAAAGCUCAGAUCACCUGGUCGUCACUGAAGAUCAACUGUUGUUUUGUUACACUGUUUCAUCAAAUAAACAUCAUGUUUAUUUAUAAUCAU